CCGUGCAAACUGCGCAUGUGCAGGCUGGGAGGUGGGCGCCCGCGUCAGAAGCGGCAGCGGCCCGUCGGGCUGACUGUGGCUGCAUCAGGACUCCAGACGGGCGAGACGGCUGAGCUCAGCCUCUCCCCCUGCACCUUCAUCCCGCUUCUUAAACUCGUCUGGGACUGCGUUUCGGGUCUCUUCACGCCUUACUCCCUUUCAUGACCGCUCCCAUCUUGGGGGGAGUUUCCGGAGCUGCGGGGCGCUGGAGCACUUCCGGGUCGGGCCCUCCCGUUGCCCCGGUAACGGUAGCCGAGGCGUGCGGGAGAGUUUAGUUUUUACUGAGCUCAUAUUGCAGACCCUCACCAGGUCUGGUGUUGUCCUGUGGAGACGGUAACCUCCCAUGGUUUGGAAAUAGCCCAGUUAUCGCAUGUGGAUCCGCCCUGCGGGAGAGGAAGGUGCCCUAGGCCCGGUCCUGACGUCCUCCUGGCUGGCUCGUAGCGGCGGCGUCGAUUGGGCCCCUACGCAGGAACUACAGGUUGAGUAUGCGUAAGAGAAGAGGGAGAACAAGCCGGAUCAGAAGACGGAAACUCGCCAGAAGUGCUGAAUCAAGAGGAGUGAAUGAGAGCUUCAAGUGUGAAUUUAUAGAGCUAAAGAAAUGGCUGAAAGAUAGGAAGUUUGAAGAUACAAACUUAAUGCCUGCUCAUUUUCCAGGUACAGGAAGAGGGCUGAUGAGCAAAACAUCCCUGCAGGAGGGACAGAUGAUAAUUUCGUUGCCUGAGAACUGCCUGCUCACCACGGACACAGUGAUUGAAAGCUACUUAGGGGCGUACAUUACUAAGUGGAAGCCUCCUCCGUCUCCUCUGCUGGCUCUGUGCACCUUUUUAGUUUCAGAAAAGCAUGCAGGGGACCAGUCUCCCUGGAAGCCGUACCUGGAGAUUUUACCCAAGGCCUACACCUGCCCUGUUUGUUUAGAACCGGAAGUGGUGAAUCUUCUUCCUAAACCUUUAAAAGCAAAGGCAGAAGAGCAGAGAGCCCAUGUACAGGAGUUCUUUGCUUCCUCCAGAGACUUUUUCUCCUCCCUGCAGCCUCUGUUUGCGGAGGCUGUUGACAGCAUCUUUAGCUACAGCGCCCUCCUGUGGGCUUGGUGCACCGUCAACACCAGGGCUGUAUACCUGAGGCACAGGCGGCGGGAAUGCCUUUCUGCGGAGCCAGACACCUGUGCGCUUGCUCCAUACCUGGAUCUGCUGAAUCACAGCCCAAAUGUCCAGGUAAGAGCAGCAUUUAAUGAGGAAACUCGCUGUUAUGAAAUUAGAACAGCUUCAAGUUGGAGGAAACACGAAGAGGUAUUCAUCUGCUACGGCCACCAUGACAACCAGCGGCUGCUCCUGGAGUACGGAUUCGUUUCCAUCCAGAAUCCUCAUGCUUGUGUUUAUGUCUCAAGAGAAAUACUUGUUAAGUACCUUCCAUCAACAGAUAAACAGAUGAACAAAAAGAUUUCCAUUUUAAAGGAUCAUGGCUUUAUAGAAAAUUUGACAUUUGGAUGGGAUGGACCAUCUUGGAGAUUACUCACGGCUCUUAAGUUGUUAUGUCUGGAAGCUGAAAAAUUUACAUGCUGGAAAAAAGUACUUCUUGGGGAAGUAAUUUCAGAUACAAAUGAGAAGGCAAGUUUGGACAUAGCCCAGAAAAUAUGCUGUUAUUUCAUAAAGGAGACUAAUGCUGUGCUUCAGAAGGUUUCUCAUAUGAAGGAUGAAAAAGUAGCUUUGAUAAACCAACUAACUUUGGUGGAAAUGCUGUGGAUGGAGGAGCUGAAGAUUCUCCAGGCAUCUGCUGAGGUCCUGUGCCAUUUGCAAACAGCUUUGCCCUGACUGCACCUAUGUGGUCACCUCCACUGACACUGCACUCUUAGGAGUGACUCCACUGGCGAGAGUGGUAGUUGCCCUGAGACAGAAGGAUUUGUGCAGGGGCUCCACAGGUCCUGGGGCUGUGGGGCUGCUGGUGGAGAUGGAUCUGUUGUCUGCUGGGCAUCUUUGACACUCUGCUAAGUAACCAGCAGGAGGAAGCAGAGGACAGUACUGAGCUGCAAGGACAGAGGCAGACUUCGAGGGACCAGGAGCCAGGCAGCCUCUGUGUGUGGCCUGUCCCCACAGGGCCUGCUUCUUAUCUGACUCAGCAGCUGUCAAAGUCAAGCAUUUAUGCUUUUAAGAUGCUCUGAUACCACUGGGUUAAGGGGUAGGUUGGUGGUGGGUGGCUUCCAGUGCAAGGCAGUCCUGGGUCCCAGCCAGGGUGGCCCUCAGCCCCAGGUCUACCCUGUGUGGACACACUGAGGUGGAUGUUCAAGUGCCUUCUGGGGGCCACUUACGGUUUCCAAGAUGAAGGAUUUUCCUCUGGACUUGCUGCUGGCCUUGCACACCCAAGUCAGGGCUUAUUAUUCCUUUGGGAACAAGGAGAGGCUCAGCCAUAGGCUCCUUCAGCUUUGUUCCAGCGUCUUUCCUGGCAUGCCCAGCUGUGCCUUGGUGGGCAUGUCUGCUUAAUUCUGGGAUUCAUCGUAGAUCUGAAGCCUUGGUGAUAUUUUGGUCUCUGCCCUUACUCUUUGUUUUUUAUUUUCCUCAGACCCAGGGUGGGGGGAAAAGGGCCACUUCCACAACUCUUAGCAGUCUGUGGACUCAGGGGACCCCCCCUGUGUAAGCAGUGGGACAGAGAACCCCAGAGGGACAGCCAGGACUCACUGGUACUGCUCCAGUCUUCCGUCACAGCUGUCCAGAGUCGUUAUCCCUUCCAAGGGUUUAUUCUUCCCCAGAACUCAAAUUCCUUUUUUAUUUUGGAGACCAGGUAAAUGGAGCCCACUUGCCUCAGAAGGCAGUCAAGAGUUCAAAUGAAAUGUUUUCAUUAUAUCUUGAACAUCUUUUGUGUGUAUCAUUUGUGUUAAUUUUAUUUUUUAUUAGCUGCAGUGCAUUUUAUAUGGUUUAGCCCAGGAGCUCGAAGCUGCAAUGAGCUGUGAUUGUGUCAUUGUACUCUAGCCUGGAUGACAGAGGGAGACCUUUUCUCAAAAAGAAAAAACAAAAACAUGUAUUGCAGGGAUGGACAAACUCUUUUGGUGGAGGGCUAAAUAGUAAAUAUUUUGAGCUUUCUGAACUAUAUAGUAUUUCUCCCAACUAUACUGCAAAGCAGCAAUAGACUACAUGUAAACAAAUUGCACACUGAGUUCUAAUAAAACUUUAUUUAUAAAGACAAGUGGUGGGCCAUAGUUUACUUACCCCUGUGCUAUACUAGAGUUUCUUUUUUCUGUUCCCUAUUAGUAGACCUUUGGGAUCUA